AUGACAUUAGAACUGGUUAAAGCAUCCAAGCCUUACAAAUGGGCCAAAUGGGUGCUAGAUUUCUUGCUCGCCCAGUGGUUCUUUGUGCUUUUGGGAGUUUUCGUUGCGUUGGCCCACUCAUACCCGGAGUUCGCCAAGCAAGGUGGAACCAUCAGAGCUGAGUAUUCUAUUGGAUAUGGAGCAGUCGCUGUCAUCUUCUUGAUUUCGGGUUUGUCCAUGGCCACAAAGGACUUGUUGGCCAACAUCGCUCACUGGAGAGGCCAUUUUACCGUGUUGACAUCCUCGUUCUUGAUCACUUCGGCCAUCAUCUACGGCAUUGCAACAGGUAUCAAAUCCUCCAAAGAUGGAGCAAUCGAUAACUGGUUGCUUGUGGGUCUUAUCGUCACGCAUGCUUGUCCAACCACGGUGUCUUCCAAUGUGGUCAUGACCAAACAAGCUGACGGCAACUUUAUCUUGACCACAUGUGAGGUUGUUAUUGGUAACGUUCUUGGAGCCUUCAUCACUCCUGCCUUGGUGCAAAUGUACAUGACUGGAGGAUGGGAUUUUGGAAACCCAGUGCACCAGGCGGUCCACUCGUCCGUUCUGGAGUUAUAUCGUCAUGUGAUGAAGCAAAUUGGAUUGUCCGUGUUCAUUCCUCUCUUCGUGGGUCAAGUGUUGCAGAAUGUAUGGCCCAAACAGGUGAAAUGGUGUCUCGCCACCUUCAAGUUGAACAAAGUGGGUUCGUUUAUGUUGCUUUUGAUCAUGUUCCAGUCGUUCUCCACAGCUUUUGCCCAGGACGCCUUCACAUCCGUCAGUCAUGCCUCCAUCAUCUUCUUGGUGUUCUUCAACAUUGGCAUCUACCUCUUCUUCACGGUGCUUGUGUACUUCUACUCCAGACCAAGGUUUCUCUUGACGCUUUUCCCAACGGAGCCUACGGCCGAGUCGUCUAAGACAUAUACUUGGUGUUACAAGAUUUUCAGACCAUUUUAUUACAAUCGCCGUGAUACGGUGUCGAUGAUGUUGUGUGGGCCAGCUAAGACCGCAGCCUUGGGAGUGUCGCUUGUUUCCUCGCAAUACGGCUCCAGGAACCCAAAGUUGGGAGUGUUGCUUGUUCCUUUGGUGUUAUACCAAGCAGAGCAGGUGAUGACCGCGCAGGUGUUGGUGAAGUUCAUGAAGAAGUGGAUUCAUGCCGAGGAUGUCAAGGAAGAUGUUGAGACUGGACCUGUGGAUGUCAAGGCGGAAGAUGAGGACACCAACACCAGCCAGAUGAGCGGAGAGACCCGUGGAGAUGCUCAGGACGUUGCAGAGAGACCACAAUAA